UGCUCAGCCCUAGGCCACGUUAUGGGCAUCCGAAGUUAGUUUUAGGUAGCUCCUCUGUCUCCAUUGCUACCCUCGCCGAUCGAAUGAGUUAAGCUUUCCGGCGGAAGGAUAGACUUCACUCCCGAGAAUAAUCCUAGCCGCCAAGGUUGGGGUUCCACAGUGAGUAAAAUGGGUCGAGGUUUAGAUAACGAAGCAGAAGCAGUAGUGAUUGGAGGAAUGGUACUUGACGUUUAUGCCACCCCUUCUACGGCUACUAAUCGAGGAACCACUGCUCCUGGAAAGGUUCGCUAUGCAUUAGGCGGUGUAGCAAGAAAUAUUGCGGAGUGUAUGUCAAAGCUUGGAGCAAAGCCUUACAUGAUAAGUGCUGUGGGCUUUGACUUGGCAGGAAAUAUGCUCCUGGAACCUUGGAGAGCUGCUGGGUUAUCUUUAGAAGGCAUCAAGAGAAGCAAGGAUAUUGAUACAGCUACUGUCUGCAUCAUAUUUGAUGGUAAAGGAGAACUGGCUGCUGCUGUCGCUGGCGUUGAAUCAAUUGAAAAGUUUGUUACUCCUGAGUGGAUUACAAAUUUCAAGAUCAACAUAUGUUCUGCCCCUAUAGUGAUGGUUGAUGCAAAUUUAAGUCCUCCUGCUCUUCUGGCUUCUUGCCAAAUUGCAGCAGAAUGCGGAAUUCCUUUAUGGUUUGAGCCAGUUUCAGUUGUGAAAUCCAAAAGAGUUGCUUCCAUUGCGAAACUCAUCACCUAUACCUCACCCAAUGAAGAUGAACUCAUAGCUAUGGCAAAUGCUUUGUCAUCUGGUGAUAAAUUCUUACCGGUACAAAAGGAUGGCAAGACUGUCAGGACCUCCAUUAAAUCAUUGUUUGAAAAGUUAAAGCCGGCGAUAUGGGUUUUGCUGGAGGAAGGUAUCAAAGUAGUAUUGGUCACCCUUGGAUCACAUGGGGUAUUCUUAUGCUUCAAAGCAAUAGAUGGAGUAAAGAAACGCAAUCCUUGUAAAAAUAGUCCUUACAGCAGAAAACUAUAUGAAGCAGUAAAUUUAAGUUGCCCACAAGAUGGGAUUUUAGGUACUCCCAAGUCCAAGGGAAACUAUUAUGUGGCCAUACAUUUUCCUGCACUCCCUGCUUCUGUAGUCACGCUUGUUGGUGCAGGUGAUUGCUUAGUCGGUGGUACAUUAGCUUCGAUUUGUGUUGGUUUAGAUAUAAUGCAAAGCGUAGCAGCUGGGAUGGCAUCGGCAAAAGGGGCCAUUGAAACAGAGAGCACCGUCCCUGCGAAAUAUGAAUUAAGCAGAAUUGCAGAUGAUGCGGGUACUAUUUACAGUGAAGCAAAAGUUGUGUUUUGUGAGUCAAAGUUGUGACCUGUUAAAACUCUUGUCUUCAUUCCCAUUCUGUGGCCUUGUGUACGUGGGGUCGACGUUUUUGCUCGAGUCAGAUGUCUGAAAAUCAAUUGCAGUUUUCAUGGAGAACCACUCCGCUAAACAAAUACUACUAUUAAGUCACAUGUGCAUAAGAAUCUUGAACAAAAAUCCGAUUGGAAUAAGGGGAUCAUGUUCUCAAUCCAUUGGAUUUAGGAGGUGCUUCUCAUCUUACAACCUUCAUUCAAUGCAAAGCCUCUAAACAUCUAAUUUUUUUA